CGUCGCCUGCCACGUUCAGUGAAAGAGAGGGACACACCGGAGCUCGUCUUCUUGCCCAAGACAACCUCCAGUGAGAGUGAGAGAGAGAGAGAGAGAGAGGGUUUGAGGUCAGGUCAGGCCAUGCAGCGGCUUCUUGUCCGAAGGCUCUCCUCGGUGGCCACUCAGGGGAGGAGAGGAUGCAGCUCCUCCCGUUCGACCGCCGCCGAGAUCAAUGGUGGCGCCGACGCCGUGGUCCCUGAAAUUCCUCCGUUCGACUACGCUCCUCCCCGAUACGACGGCCCCCGGGCGGCCGAGAUCUUGAGGAAGCGGUCCGAGUACCUCAGCCCCUCCAUGUUCUACUUCUACAAGAAGCCUCUGAACAUCGUGGACGGGAAGAUGCAGUACGUGUUCGACCAGGACGGGCGGCGCUACCUCGACGCUUUCGCCGGCAUCGCCACCGUGUGCUGCGGCCAUUGCCACCCCGACGUCGUCGACGCCGUCGUCCGCCAGACCAGCCGUCUGCAGCACUCCACCGUCGUGUAUCUGAACCACGCCAUCGCUGAUUUCGCAGAAGCGUUAGCUUCCAAGCUCCCCGGAGAUCUCAAGGUCGUCUUCUUCACCAACUCCGGCACCGAAGCGAACGAGCUCGCGCUGCUGAUAACUCGCCUGUACACCGGUUGCCAUGACAUCGUAUCAGUAAGGAAUGCGUACCAUGGGAAUGCAGCUGGAACAAUGGGGACUACGGCUCAAUAUAACUGGAAGUUCAAUGUCAUGCAGAGUGGAGUGCAUCAUGCGAUGAAUCCAGACCCAUACAGAGGAGCCUUUGGGUCGGAUGGAGAGAAGUAUGCCAGAGAUGUGCAAGAAAUCAUCGAAUUCGGGACGUCUGGUCAGGUCGCAGGUUUCAUUUCUGAAUCCAUACAGGGUGUGGGUGGGGUAGUGGAACUAGCACCAGGUUACUUGCCUGCUGUGUACGAGAGCAUAAGGAAAGCUGGUGGCCUCUGCAUAGCAGACGAAGUGCAGUCAGGAUUUGCACGCACUGGGAGUCACUUCUGGGGAUUUGAGGCCCAUGGGAUUGUACCUGACAUUGUGACAAUGGCAAAGGGUAUUGGGAACGGAAUUCCUCUUGGUGCAGUUGUCACAACACCAGAAAUAGCCCAAGUCUUGACUCGUCGGAACUACUUCAACACCUUCGGUGGCAACCCCGUGUGCACCGCUGGAGGGCUUGCUGUUCUUAGAGUUCUUGAGAAAGAAAAUCUUCAACACAACGCGUUGCUCGUUGGUUCCUACCUCAAAGACCGACUCAAAGCCCUACAACAAAAGCACGAAAUCAUAGGCGAUGUCAGAGGAAGGGGGAUGAUGCUCGGAGUUGAACUGGUCACCGAUCGCAAGCAGAAAACCCCAGCACGUACUGAGAUCUCACAUGCCAUGGAUCAGAUGAAAGAUAUGGGAGUGUUGGUGGGCAAAGGAGGGUUUUAUGGCAAUGUGUUCAGAAUAACUCCGCCUCUCUGCUUCACCAAAGAAGAUGCCGACUUCUUCACUGAAGUGAUGGAUAUUGCAUUAUCAAAGCUCUGAGAUCUACAGAUUCUAGGCUUAUGGUUUUAACUAUCCUCAGAUAUUAGCAAUAAUGUCUCUGUUGCAGGGCAGGCUAGGUUGAUUUGUGUUGUUGAGGGAAGGGAUUUUAAUGGCUCUGGUGGUAUGUAAAUAAUCCUCACUCUCUCCCUCUCUCUCCCUCCAGCUAUGGUGGAAUGUUUUCCUGUUUCUGAUCUAGAGGCACAUGAAAGUCCAAUAUAUAUCCGGUGGAUUCAAACCU